AUGUUUGUUUCUUGCGUAAUUUUUGUCAUUUGUUUGUUUCUUGCGUCAUUUGUGCCUAAUAUUUGUUUCUUGCGUCAUUUGUGUCUGUCUGUUGCAUCAUUUGUGACUAUUUCUUGCGUCAUUUGUGAAUUUUUCAUACGUCAUUUUUGUCUGUUUGUUUCUUGUGUCAUUUUUGUCUGUUUGUUUCUUGUGUCAUUUUUGUCUGUUUGUUUCUUGUGUCAUUUUUGUCUGUUUGUUUCUUGUGUCAUUUUUGUCUGUUUGUUUCUUGUGUCAUUUUUGUCUGUUUGUUUCUUGUGUCAUUUUUGUCUGUUUGUUUCUUGUGUCAUUUUUUUGUCUGUUUGUUUCUUGUGUCAUUUUUUGUUUGUUUCUUUCAUUUGUGUCUUUUUUUGUUUUUUCUUGUGUCAUUUUGUCUGUUUGUUUCUUGUGUCAUUUUGUCUGUUUGUUUCUUGUGUCAUUUUUGUCUGUUUGUUUCUUGCGUCAUUUGUGUCUGUUUGUUUCUUGUUCUUUGUGUUUAAUGCUUGUUUGUGUCAUUUGUACGUACUCUCUUUUUCUGUCAUUUUUGUCUACUCUCUGUUUCCUCUGUCACUUGCGUCAAUUCUGUUCCCUUUGUUAUUUGUAUGUAUUCUCUGUUUCUCUUGUCAUUUGUUUCUAGUCUCUGUUACGUCUCUCAUUUGUUUGUACUCUGUUUCUUCUAUCAUUCCUCUACAUUUGUUUCCUCUAUCAUUUACAUCUACUGAUUACCCUACCUUUAGUGUCUUCUGUUACUCUAUCAUUUUUUCUAUUAUGUUGCCCUUUUUUUCUGUAAUUUUUGUUGACUAUUUUUUGCUUCUAUCGUUUGUGUUUACUCUCUGUUUCUUGUGUCUACUCUCUGUUUCUUGUGUCAUGUGUGGCCCACUCUCUGUUUCUUGUGUCAUGUGUGGCCCACUCUCUGUUUCUUGUGUCAUGUGUGACCCACUCUCUGUUUCUUGCGUCAUGUGUGGCCCACUCUCUGUUUCUUGUGUCAUAUGUGGCCCACUCUCUGAUUCUUACGUAAUUUGUGGCUACAUUCUCUUUUGUUUCUUCCGUCGUUUACGUCUAGUGUUUCCGCUCUCAUUUAAGCCUAGUUAUUCCCGCCCUCUGGAAGUUCUUUUUCCUACUUCAUUUGCGUCUACCAAUUCCACCAUCUUUAGUGCCUACUCUUUGUCACCCCUAUUCUCUGCUGACAUGUGCGUCUUGUACCUGUCCAUCUUUCCCACUGUCCUUUGUUUCUACUGUAUUUUUCUUCUGACAUUGUUUCUUUUUCGUCUGUUAUUUUUUCUAUGUCUUCGUUUUCAUUUGUCAUUUCUAUGUAUCCGGUUUACCCUGUCAUUUCUCUUUCUGCAUUUUCUCCUGUCAUUUUUCUAUCUACUAUCUUAUACUCAAAUGAUAUCGCUGUCACUUGUGUCUCCUAACCUCUCUCUUCCUAUGUGUAUAUGUACACAUCUCUCUCUCUCGUUUCAUGUGUAUCUGGCUGCAGUGUCACGAGCAUCUAAUUCAUUGUUUGCUGACUUACUCGCCUCUUCUAAAUUGUCACCGCUGUGA